AUGUUGGGAGAUCGGAGUCGCAAUGGCUCUUUGAUCAAAGCAAACAGCCCGCUGCUGGAGUAUGCCACGAUGAGUGGCGCUGGCAAGUCACGCUGGGGACGUUUACUGAAGCGGAACCAAAGCUUCCAACCGUACGCGGUUUCUCGCAUAGGGCUGAACUUCAACGGUGGGACUGGUGGGGGAACUGAUGGCACAGAAACCGAGUAUCUUUCUGAGCAGAAGGGCUUCUCCUUGAAACAAAUCAUGGCGACACUCUUAUUUACCCGAGGACUUCUGCAGUGCGACCCAGACUAUUUUCGUGGGGGGGAAGAAUGGCUAAAAGGCUUGACAGUCACUAUUGUGCUUGAUGCCGUGUUCAAAAGCUUCACAAGCGGCUCAGCAAACAAAAGCAUCCUGGUUGUGCAUGUGGAUGCCGAUCACAAGGAGAUCGCAAAAAUCGGCGCGCGACUGGGCUGCGAAGACUAA